AUGGGACAGAGUAACAAUGUCACAGAAUUUAUCCUCUUGGGCCUUACUCAGGAUCCUCUUGGGCAAAAAGCAUUAUUUUUCAUGUUUUUAUUCAUAUAUGUUGUGACAAUGGUGGGCAACCUGCUCAUUGUGGUGACAGUGGUUGCCAGCCCAUCCUUGGGCUCUCCAAUGUACUUCUUCCUUGUCUAUCUGUCACUCAUGGAUGCUGUUUAUUCCACUGCCAUUUCACCCAAAUUGAUUACAGACUUACUAUAUAAUAAAAAGACUAUCUCCUUCCCAGCCUGCAUGGGACAGCUUUUUAUAGAACAUUUAUUUGGGGGUGCGGAGGUAUUUCUUCUGGUGGCAAUGGCCUAUGAUCGUUAUGUAGCCAUCUGUAAGCCACUGCACUAUUUGACCAUCAUGAAUCAUCAGGUUUGCAUCCUGCUGCUGGUGGUGGCCUUGGUCGGAGGUUUUGUGCACUCUGCGGUUCAACUUCUAUUUGUGCAUAGUCUCCCUUUUUGUGGCCCCAAUGUCAUCGACCACUUCAUCUGUGACAUGUAUCCAUUACUGGAACUUGCCUGCACUGACACCUACUUUAUAGGACUCACUGUGGUAGCCAAUGGUGGAGCAAUUUGUAUGGUUGUCUUUAUUGUUCUACUAAUCUCCUAUGGAGUCAUCAUAAAUUCCCUAAAAACUCACAGCCAGGAAGGGAGGCGCAAAGCUCUGUCUACCUGUAGCUCCCACAUCAUGGUGGUGGUUCUCUUUUUUGUUCCAUGUAUUUUCAUGUAUGUUAGACCUGUUUCCAACUUUCACAUUGAUAAAUCCCUAACUGUGGUUUAUACAAUCAUCACUCCCAUGUUGAAUCCUUUGAUAUACACCUUACGAAAUUCAGACAUGAAAAAUGCUAUGGAAAAACUUUGGCAACAAAUUGUAACAAUGGAUAAUACAAUCAGGAAAUGUGAUGCUUCCUACGUUAGUACCCUUGCAUUGUAUUGCUUUGGCUAUAUGGGGCCUUUUAUAAUUCUGGAAGUGCAGGCUUUUGAUAACUGGAGAGGUCAGCGAUAUUUAGGAUAUAAUGGGAAUACCUCAGUCCAAGUCAUUCAAGCCCAUUAUGCUGGACUAUCCUACUGUUACCCAGGAAGCCACAGCAGACUGGGGCAACCUUACUCUUCAGAAACUUUUUCAGGAGACCCAAAUAUUCCCCCACCCCAGAUAGGUGUAGAUGGGACUAUUACUGAAGGAGACUCUGGUUUGGAUCCCUUCUCUGUGAGUCAAUCUGCACACCAUAAGAUGGCAUCAAACACUGCAAAGCUCGAUACCAAGAUUACACCUGAAGAUUCAGGAAAAGAAGAAGACCAAGAAAAGAAAGAAAAGGCCAGCCACAGCAGAGCAUUCUGUGGAAUUUACAGGGGCUGCUCUGGGGACACAGCUGCAGAGCUCAGGCCACAUCCUGUUACCACUACAUCAAGACUAACCCCUGCUCUUCUUUGUGUAAUCUCUAUAGCUUAA